AAGUCACAUUCAGAGGUCAGAGGUCAUCAAGCCGGGAAAUACUUCACUCACAACCAUGGCACCAAGAUGGUUACCUCUGGAGUCCAACCCAGACGUGAUGAACAAGUUUGUUAAGCAGCUGGGUCUGCAGGGGCCCUAUGGAUUUGUGGAUGUCUUUGGAUUGGAUGCAGAUCUGUUAACUAUGGUGCCCCGUCCUGUAGCCGCGGUUCUACUAUUGUACCCCAUUUCUGAGAAGUCUGAGGCUACAGCACUGGGUGUGGAGGAGGAGAACAAAGAAGUCUACUUUAUCAAGCAGACUAUUGGAAAUGCCUGUGGAACCAUUGGCGUGAUCCAUGCCCUGGCAAAUAACACUGACAAAAUCACUUUGGCUGGAGGUAACAACUUUCUAGCUAACUUCCUAGCCAAAACCAAAGAUAUCAGUCCUGAUGAGAGAGCAAAGAAGUUGGAAAUAGACCCAGUAAGUACUGAUGUGGGUGUGAUGGUUGCAUUUUUUCGUUUCCAUAUUUUUGUAGGAGGUAACAACUUUCUAGCUAACUUCCUAGCCAAAACCAAAGAUAUCAGUCCUGAUGAGAGAGCAAAGAAGUUGGAAAUAGACCCAGACAUAGGAGCAGCCCAUGAAGCAAGUGCACAAGAGGGCCAGACACAGCCACCGCCAAUAGAUGAAAAAGUCGACCUCCAUUUCGUGACCUUUGUUCAUAAUAAUGGUGGUCUCUAUGAAUUGGAUGGACGUAAAAAUGCUCCCAAGCGUCAUGGCAACACUACUGCAGAUACUCUACUUGAGGAUGCUGCAGCAGUGGUGAAGAAGUUCAUGGCAAGGGAUCCAGAUAAUAUCCACUUCACUGUGGUUGCCUUGGCUAAGACAGAUUAGAUUGUGUUAGUUGUGACAUCUGCUGUACCAGUGAUUGUGCUUGCUGUGCCAGGAACCUGGUGAGAUUGUGUCCAAGACUAAGAUCCAUGGAAAUGGUUCUGAUCAGUGUGCUGCUCAUGUUUGCUGUCCUUCUUAAACAAUAUCAGCUCUGUGAGAAUGUGAUAAUUUUAAUACUGUGCAUAAUGGAUAAAGUUUGAAUAUUGGAUAAAGCUAUGACCCAUUAUUCAAAAUUCAAAACUACCAGUUGAGAAAAAUGUUUUUGUGAGCAAAGCAGUCCAAAUCAUUCCAUUCUGCCAUUCUGUAUUGUAAGGAUUGUCGUAAUGUGGGGCAAAUCAAACAUCUACAUCUUUACAAACAUUUCAGUAGGACCAAUAUUGAAGAUCUGAAUUUUGUAAAUGCACAGGAGAUGAAAACUGUUGAAUUGUUAUUAUCAGUUAACUUGCAUGCAUGUGUCCACAGAAAUUGGUUUCAUAUGGUUGAGACAAUCAAACAAUUCAAAAAGUCUAGUAUUUGAUCAUGCUAUCUAAAUGAGCUGCUUUUCAUUAAAAUGAACAUGCACUGUAGCAAAGCUGUGUAUUAAUUUUAACAACAGCUUAUGACCACUUUACUGUACACACUUG